AUGGCUGAUGCUUCUGACGAUGAUAAACUUUGCGGCAAGCUUGUUAUGAAGUUCUGUCAAAUACUGGACUCCGCUGGUGUACCGAAUGUCCUCUGGGGCAACUAUCUGUUGACAAUUUACGGCGUCCCAACAAUCACUGACGAUGUAGCCUUUGUCGUUCCUGAUGAUAAAAUUAAGAAAGCUUCGUCCGCUCUUGAGCAAUCCGGCCUUCCUCCUUGUGCAAAGCAGCUGAGUUGCCCUCAUUUGCGAGGUUUUCAGGCCCGGCCUCCUUCGGAACACGUCCACGUCAGCGAUGAGCUUGCAUUGUCUUUGUACAGGAAGUCUGACACUCUCUGGGAAUUCGAAGGCCUUCAUGGUGGUCAGUUCGAGAAGCCCCUAGAUAUUCUAAGUGCUUCAGAUGUCCGGCUCCCAUCAGCAAUUCCUGGCCGUGGCCGAGGACGACUAUCCCCGGAAUAUUCACUCGUGCGAAUUCCAAGUGCUGCUAGGUUUUGCGAAGCUUUGAUCCUUCUCCUCUGCAGAGACUACAACACUAUCUAUGAAACUUACUGGAUGGCGCUUUUGACAUAUAUCCUGGAAUACGUGGAUGAAACGGACAUCUUUGAUGUGAACAACCUGGCGGAUGAGUACAAAGAAUUUUUUUUUGCUCUCAAAAAGGGCGAUUCUUCGAUGUUUUUACUUCUGGAUCAGCUUCGCUGUACUUUGUUUUCAAGCGGUCGCCUGUCGAUAGAAUAUACUUGA